AUGCCCCUUCGCCUCCGCUUCCUUGUCCUCGGCGGCGGUCUCUUGCUCGUCGUCGCGGCGUUCCUCGUCUUCGGGUUCCGAAAAUACGAUCAUUACAGUGUUGAUCUUGGCGAUGGUGGGAUUGGGUCUGGGAUUGGGAAGAGCUUGUUCUUCAAAACGCCGCCGUUGUCACGUCCUCAUCCUUCUCCUCCUGAUCAGGACCAUCGAACAUGUACGCCACCAGCACAACCGCAAACCGACAAUAAUGAUACCUGGGAAUUCAUCGCCAGCCGCGACGGCGACAAUUACGGCCUGUCGGACGAGCAGUGCCAGAUCGCGUUUCCAAAACUGUUCGUCGAGAUCGACAAGUCUGUUGCGCUGCGCGCCGGCGCGAACAAGCCCAUUACGUGGAAGGAGUUGAACUCGAGGAAGGUGGGAGAUGGCCUGGUGCGGGCGAUUGUUGAUCGAGGGGAGCUGUAUAUCGUCGACUUCGGAGACAUGCCCUACACCUUCACCCGCGCCAAGGCGACGCUGCACUCGCUCCACCGCGCCCUCAUCGCCGUCCCCAACCGGCACGAGCUGCCCAGCGUUGAAUUCAUCUUCUCGACCGAGGACUUCGUCGUCGACACCGACAAAGGCCCCAUCUGGGCGUACUCCAAACGCGACGAGGAUGACGCCGUCUGGCUGAUGCCCGACUUUGGCUUCUGGUCGUGGCCCGAGGUCAAGGUCGGCCCCUACCGGGACAUCCGCCGGCGGAUCGCCGCCGUCGACGACGGCCUUGCCUUCCGUGACAAGAAGAAGCAGCUCCUCUGGCGCGGCAGUCUGGCGACGGCGCCCGAGCUGCGCGGCAACCUGCUCGCCAACACGCGCGGCAAGCCGUGGGCCAGCAUCCGCGUGCUGGACUGGAGCCAGAGCGACGACAACGACAAGAGCAACGUGCUGCCGAUGGAGGAGCACUGCCGGUACAUGUUCCUGGCGCACACCGAGGGCCGCUCGUUCUCCGGCCGCGGAAAAUACCUGCAGAACUGCCGCUCGGUGGUGAUCGCCCACCAGCUGGUCUGGCGCGAGGCGCACCACGCGGCGCUGGUCUCCUCGGGGCCCGACGCAAACUACGUCGAGGUGGCGCGCGACUUCUCCGACCUGGAGGAGAAGAUCGAGUACCUGCUGGACCACCCGUUCGAGGCCGAGCGCAUCGCCAACAACAGCGUCGCCACCUUCCGUGACCGCUACCUGACCCCGGCCGCCGAGGCGUGUUACUGGCGGUACCUGAUCCGGCAGUACGCCUCGGUCUGCGCCUUUGAGCCAUCGCUGUACGAGACGGACUUUUGGGGGCGCCAGACCAUGCGAGCCGUGCCGUACGAGUCGUGGUUGUUGAUGGAGUCGUCGUGA